AAUUUGUAGUCAAGAAAUAUCAGUUGAAUACGAUAUAGAAUUCUUAGUAAAAGAACUUGAAUUAAAGAUUACUUUAAAUUGUUUAUCUGAGGAGAAAAAUUCAUAUACUGAAGUAGCAGAUAAAUGA